AUGGUGGAUGAGGGGCUCCCUGAAAUUACAGUACCUUGGUUCAAUCAUGAGUGUUCCGGGGACUGGCCACGACAUGGUCGGACCAUGAAAUCCGUAAUCCAUGAGACGCUUAGCCACAUCUUCAGGCUCGAUUCCAGCAGUAGUCUACAACAAUUGCCAGUUGGCGUAAAAUCUGUCCCCACUGCCACAAUUUUCAUACCACACAUGGCAGCACUUGCAGGGUUCGUCCCAUGUGCCGAGACAGGGAUGAUGCAUACAUUACGCCAGCAGCUUGUUCAGUGGGAGCAAAAGGGUGAAGAUCUGAAAAUUCGGGCCACGUCACAGGCAUCAUUUCAGUUGUUGCAUUCAGUUUCAUUGUGCAAGAGCCCAAUGGAAUCAUGCUGUGGCACAAAGAGAGAUCCUUCGACUGAAGCCUGUGAAGGUACCUUAGAAGCUCGUGUUCAGUGUGGUACCUACACCAUCAGCAUGGUCAUACGAGUUGAAUAUUUGGUGAGUCAAAUACGGGCUCUCCCUCGUAAGCCCAGAAGGGAUAAGAUUUUGAACUUCCGCGGCAUCAACAAUAGCCUUUGCAUCAGCACAUUUGACCUUCACAGUGUCGAAAAAGGGAAGGCCCUGGACUUCUACAGUCCCGAGCUUUUUCAAACCAGCAGCAAAUGUUCCAGCCAAGCCGUGAACCCUCUGGGCAAUAGUUUUAAGGCCCUCAGGACCAUGAUACACAGCAUACAUGGCAGCCAUGUUGGCAAGCAAGGCCUACAAAACAGAACGAGUUUCUUAUGA